AUGGCUGCGGCGGACUGGGGGGCCGGCGGGGCCGGAGGGGCCCGCCUGGGGGCGCUGGCCGAGGCCCUGGGGGCGUCCGAGCAGGCGCUGCGGCUCAUCAUCUCCAUCUUCCUGGGCUAUCCCUUGGCCUUGUUUCAUCGCCACUUCCUCUUCUACAAGGAUUGCUACCUCACCCACCUCUUCCACGUCGUCUCGGGCAUCUCCAUCGCCUACUUCAACUUCGGGACUCAGCUCUAUCACUCGCUGUUCUGCAUCGGGCUGCAGUUCCUCAUCCUGCGCCUCAUGGGCCGGACCGUCACCGCCGUCCUCACCACCUUCUGUUUCCAGAUGGCCUACCUGCUGGCCGGCUACUACUACACAGCCACCGACCAGUACGACAUCAAGUGGACGAUGCCUCACUGCGUCCUGACGCUCAAGCUGAUCGGUCUGGCCAUCGACUACUACGACGGAGGGAAGGAUCAGCAAACCCUGUCGGCGGAGCAGCGGGAACAAGCCCUCCGCGGAGUGCCCAGCCUCCUGGAGGUGGCCGGCUUCUCCUACUUCUACGGGGCCUUCCUGGUGGGGCCCCAGUUCUCCAUGAACAACUACAUGAAGCUGGCGCGCGGCGAGAUGACCGACGAGCCCGGCAAGAAGCCCAACAGCGUGGGGCCGGCACUGCGGCGCCUGGGCCUGGGCCUCCUCUACCUGGUUGGCUACACGCUUUUCGGCCCCUACCUCACCGACGACUACCUGCUGACCGACGACUACGCUAGCCGUCCCUUCUGGUUCCGCUGCGCGUACAUGAUGGUCUGGGGCAAGUUCGUCCUCUACAAAUAUGUCACCUGCUGGCUGGUCUCGGAAGGAGUGUGCAUCCUGAGCGGGCUGGGCUACAACGGGCGCGACGCCCGGGGCCGGCCCCAGUGGGACGCCUGCGCCAACAUGAAGGUCUGGCUGUUCGAGACGACGCCCCGCUUCACGGGCACCAUCGCCUCCUUCAACACCAACACCAACAGCUGGGUGGCACGGUACAUCUUCAAGAGGCUCAAGUUCCUGGGCAACAAGACCCUGUCCCAGGGGUUGGCACUGCUUUUCCUAGCCCUGUGGCACGGCCUGCACUCGGGCUACCUGGUGUGCUUUCAGCUGGAGUUUCUCAUAGUCAUCGUGGAGCGACGGGCCGCCAGGCUGAUCCGGGAGAGCCCCUUCCUCAGCGCCUUGGCCGACGUCGCCAUCCUGAAGCCCUUCUUCUACGUUGCCCAGCAAACCGUGCACUGGAUCUUCAUGGGCUACUCCAUGACGGCCUUCUGCCUCUUCACGUGGGACAAGUGGUUCCGGGUCUACAAAGCCGUGUACUUCAUGGGCCACGUGCUGUUCUUCGGCCUGCUCUUCCUGCUUCCGCAACUGCACAAGGUGAUGGUGCCGAGGAAAGAGAAGUUGAAAAAGGCGGAGUGAGCCACCCCGCCCCGGAGAGGGGGACGGCGCGGACCCCGGGGCCGCGGGGAGGAGAGGCGGAAGGUCGGGGCGCCCGUGCCCGCCCGUGCGUGUCCGCGGCCAAAUCGGGGGCGAGGGGCCGCCUCCCUGCACGUUGCCUUAUCUGCGUCCCACGACCAAGGGGCGGCCCCCCUCCCCGCCGCCGAAUGCGGGGGGUUGGGUGGACGGGGCGGGCUCCUCCCGGGCCGUUUUUCUACCUUGGAAUUGUAUUGGAUAAAGUCACCCGUGCGGUCCGUUUUUCACC